AUGCCGAAGUACUACUGUGAGUAUUGUGAUAUAUAUCUAACACACAGUUCCCCCGUAGGUAGAAGACAACAUAUUCAAGGAAGGAAACACAUUAGUGCAAAAAUAGAAUAUUUUCAAAAUUUGUUAAGAGAAGAAGGGAUUACUCCUCAAAACUUUUUAGGUUUCUUAGGUAACAGACCAUAUAACAAUGCUUUGGGAAAUCCAAUGAUGAAUAAUUUUAUGCAUGGUAAUUAUAAUAUGUAUAUGAAACAUAACCAAAUUAAGAAUUUCCCACACUCCAUGAGAGGUGGAAAUUCAUACCGAUUAAAUAUGCCUAAUAAUAAAUACUCAAGGGCAGGGUAUCAUCCACCAGGUAGUAGUAAUAAGUAUUAUUCAAAUUCGAAUAAUAAAUACGCGAAUACUUAUGGUCCAUCACCUAAUACCGUAAAUGCAAAAAAUAAAAUUAAUAAUUAUGAUAAUAAAAAUAGUUUGUUAAAUGAGGUAAUAGGUUCAGAUGCCAUAAAGAAAAACAAUGGUAAUGACUUAACAAAUUCACAUAGGUAUAAUGAUAAUAAAAAUAAUAAUUUGAAUCUCAUUUUAGAUAAUAAUCCCAUGAGUGCUGAUUUAAGCACUGUAAAUGUUAAUGCAUCAAAUGUAAAUGAGGCGAGGUCUUGUGAAAAAGAUAACAUGCAUAUUGAGCGGGAUUAG